AAUUCUCGUACGUGGAUGCUGCCACCAAGCUCCAAACAACCCCGGAGUGGUGUCACCGACAAAUCAAACAGUGGAUGAGGUGGGACUGACAAUGAGGUCGGAGAUUGGGCUUAUGGGUGGGUAUAAGUAAGGCCUUUGAGGGUCGUUGUUGCUUCAGUCCAUUCUUGCAUACGUUACCCAAGACCAGCAACAUGUCUGAAAUCUCCCGCUUCUCAGUCUCCACUGUGGAUGUCUCCUCCCCAGCAUGGUCGUUAUUCCCAGAUGAACCUACGCCGACCGCAUCUGACUUUCCCGGAUCGAGAUUCUCUGCUAUGACUGCUGUGACGACCGCUUCCUCUGUGUACUCCCGCCCCACAGUCUGUCUAGAAUCACCUUCCGUCUACAGAGGCUUCUCGAGGGCUGAGUACGCCUCGACCCAUCUGGACAGUCGUUGAGGUACAUCGAAGAGACCGAGUUUGAGAAGGAAGAGCCGGAGACGGAGGAUGAAGAGGAGAUGGAUGUGGAGAGGAGUCUUGAUGAGGCAUUGGCUUCGCUGACGAGUUUGUCGCAUACUCCUCCGCCCAACUAUACAGACGAGGUAACACCACCAAACUACCUCGGAACUGCAUCCAAUUCCUCCAACGACGCGGAAGGGCCGGAGAACUGGAUCGACGAGAAGAAGGUGGAGGAGAAGCCAACGGGGUUAGCAUACGUUGCAGCGACCAUGGACAGGCGUGAGAUAGUCAGCGCGAGACGGCAGAGGAAGAGAUCAGUUACAUCCCCGACGAGGGAAGAGCUGUUCUGGACUGCGUUGAAGAAUGUGCGGUUUGUUGGAGGUGGAGGAGGGGGGAUGAACCGUGGGCCGGCAGGGGUGGACGGGCAGUGUGUGAUUUGUUGAGCACGCUGGUCGUUCUC